ACCAAACAGAGACGCACCGGAGUAUCGCUGUGCGGCAGUCAAACCGGUCCGGGUACACAAGUGGGUGAAAGGUCCGAGAGCAGUGACAGCAGCACACAAACACCUUCUCCAGAGCCACAGGACACCAGCAGAACGGAAAGUAAAAAUGUCCAAACAGCAGCCGAUCAGUCCGAUGAAGAACUUCUUCGCCGGAGGUUUUGGAGGAGUCUGCCUCGUCUUCGCCGGACAUCCACUCGACACCAUUAAAGUGCGUUUACAGACGCAGCCCAAACCCAAACCCGGAGAGCGCCUCCUGUACGCCGGAACCAUCGACUGUUUCAAGAAGACCUUAGCCAAAGAGGGUGUGAAAGGACUCUACAGAGGCAUGGCGGCACCCAUCAUCGGAGUCACGCCCAUGUUUGCCGUCUGUUUCUUUGGAUUCGGACUGGGCAAGAAGCUGCAGCAGAGGACCCCCGAUGAUAUCCUCACGUAUCCACAGCUGUUUGCCGCUGGGAUGUUGUCUGGUGUGUUCACGACGGCCAUCAUGGCUCCUGGAGAGCGCAUCAAAUGCCUCCUACAGAUCCAGGCAUCGUCAGGAGAGGUGAAGUAUGCGGGACCCAUGGACUGUGUCAAGCAGCUGUACAGACAGUCGGGGAUCAGAGGAAUCUACAAAGGCACCGCUCUGACUCUCAUGAGAGAUGUUCCAGCCAGUGGGAUGUACUUCACAUCCUACGAGUGGUUGAAGAACGUCCUCACACCAGCAGGAAAAAGGUGAAUUGCUGUUGAGAUACCGGCUGGUUUGAAAGAGCUGCUGCAGGGAUACACAGUGGAGGUACUUCGCCGCAGGCCACCAGACUUGGUCGAGUUUGCCGUGCUGCAUUUUACACGAAUUCUGGAGGGCCACAGAAAUGAUCUGAAAGCCAAGAAACGCAGUGCCAAACCUGCACGGAAAGGAGUGACCUUUGAAACAAAGUCAGAUAAACCUAACAAGGACGAAGAAGAAGAAGAAGAAGAAGAAGAAGAGGAGGAGGAAGACACUGUCAAGUCCACCACCAGUAAAUACAACCGCAGGGUUUCAGUUUGUGCAGAGGCGUACAACCCCGAUGAUGACGAGGACGACGACGCAGAGCUUCGGGUCGUUUACCCCAAAACAGAUGAGCAGCGUCGCAGACUUCAGGACGCCUGCAGAGACAUUUUACUGUUUAAAACACUGGAGCAGGAGCAGUUUUCCGAGGUCUUGGACGGCAUGUUCGAGGUGUUGGUCAAACCUCAGGAACACAUCAUAGACCAAGGAGACGAUGGAGACAACUUCUAUGUUAUAGAGAAGGGCGUGUAUGACAUUUUUGUGGAGAAGGACGGAGUGUGUGUGUGUGUGGGAAAGUACGACAACAAGGGUAGUUUUGGUGAGCUGGCUCUCAUGUACAACACGCCGCGAGCUGCCACAAUCGUUGCCACGCAGGAAGGCGCCCUGUGGGGCCUGGAUCGAGCCACAUUUCACAGACUGAUUGUUAGAAAUAAUGCGAAGAAGAGGAGAAUGUACGAGGCCUUCAUUGAGUGUGUUCCUCUCCUGAAGUCUCUGGAGCCCUCUGAGAGAAUGAAGAUUGUAGAUGUUUUGGGGGCCCGAGCAUUCAAAGAUGGAGAGCGCUUAAUAACGCAGGGGGAGGAGGCCGACUGUUUCUACAUUGUGGAAUCAGGAGAGGUGAAGAUAAUGAUAAAAAGCAAAACGAAGGCGGGGCAGCAGGAUAACACAGAGGUUGAGGUGGCUCGUUGCUCUAGAGGGCAGUACUUUGGAGAGCUGGCACUGGUCACCAACAAACCACGAGCUGCCUCAGUUUAUGCUGUGGGAGAAACCAAAUGUUUAGUAAUUGACAUCCAGGCCUUUGAGCGUCUGCUGGGACCCUGUAUGGACAUCAUGAAGAGGAACAUUUCCCAGUAUGAAGACCAGCUGGUGGCAUUGUUUGGCUCCAGCGUAGAUUUAAAACACUAGGACAUGUAAUUUUAAAAUAGCGUAGCAUUUAAGUCAAAUAUAGUGACAAUGUGUGUAACACAUGAUUAUCUCCCCCCUUUGAAGUGAAUGUAACAUACAGCCUUCUGUUUUAUAUUCCUUUUACAGCUCUGCAACAAGUUUCAGAUGUUUAGAUUGUGAAUAGAAAACAAUAAAUGUUCUUUGUGUGACAAUCCAGAUAAAUAAGUUAGUAAGGUUUGUGCUUGAAUAUACCUCACUGAUAAAAGGUCAGUUUACAGCAGGUGAGCUGACAGUCCAGAGCCAGUAUCAUACCCAACGUAUACUGUACCUUCACAUUAGCUGAAUUCAAGUCUAUAAAGCUUUUCACAGGCUGCUUUUAUACAGUUCCUGAUUUAUAAUUUAAUGUGUUGUUCCUUUUCUAUAAACUGUAAGUGUGACAUGGCUUACUGGGGCCAUCGUUAAAGUUAUUAGUAAUACCUGUGCUUUUCUUAUUAUCUUAAAUCUAAAGGAAUAUCUGAUCUAUCACUAUCAUUACAUUUUAAGAGCAUUUAAUAUAUAAAUAUUUCAUGUAAUUCACCAAAUAAUACAAAGUGAUGUACCAUUUUCCAUUUGUACUAUUAUAUUAACAACCCCUCGUUUACUUAAACCUCUGUUGUAAAGUAUGAAAUGUGAGUGAAAUAACCCAUCAACAUUCUUGCCAAAUAACACAACAAAAAAAUAAAGAAUUAUAUCUUAAAUAUUCAA